AUUCUCCAGGGUGAUGAAAAAUAUGUAGCCGAGUUAUUCGUCCUGAGAAAUAAAUAACGUUGUUCCGUUGAAAACGUUAAUUGUGUGAACUGUGGCAGCAAUAACCAUGGCCGGUUUGAGGCGAGUGAACGGGAAAAUCUCGGGAAUUAACCCGACUGUCAGUUGCAGUCGCCUGAGUCAGGUCCAGUCUCUGCUCUGCGAGGCUGGCACUGUUCCUGAUGGCAUCCUGUGCUCUCUUGGAAUUGACAGCAGAUAUAAUGAGGGGUGCACUGAGCUGGCUAAGUUCCUCUUCUAUGGACUAUAUGGAAGAAAUCAUUUGAAUCUGGAAAAUGCUCUUGAGGAUUUUCCUGAAGAAAUGCUAGAUGAUGUUAUCUUGCUAAUAAAGGCAGAUUGUGUUCAUCUGUACUGCAACCCAAUGAACUACAGUUACCUGUUGCCCUACGUGUCCCACUGGAGGAACCUACAGCUCUACUGCAUGACAAAGGCGGAGUAUGAAGAUGAGGAAGCAGCAGAGGAAUUCAAAAUCUCCAGUUUUGUCACAAUGGUGCAGGACUGCUAUCGUAUCGGUGUACCUUUCAGCUCCCAGGGACACAUCCAGAAUUUUGAUAUGUUCAUGUUGGAAAAGUGGCCGCUGAUUCAAGCAUUUGCCCUGGAAGGCAUUGGUGGAGGAAGCUUCUUUACCAUGAAAUACAAGAUAAUGGACAUGAGUGAGAAGCUGUGGCAGGUUUACAACAGACUCGACCCAGUGUCCAUUGAUCAUCUCCUCAUAGAGGACCUGGUUAACUUUGAGAAGCAGUGGAGUGGCUUUUUCUCCAGCAUGGAACUGGAGAGCCAUCUGUCUAUCUUGGAGCUUUCUGAAGCGCAGGCAGGAGAGUCAUUCCGUACUUAUUACUCUCAUGGACUGAUCUCAAGCAACAUCACAGAUAAAAGUAAAAGUCAGCAGCCCUUCGUGUUGUUUGGGAAGCACUCGUCUUUAGAGGAUUUGGAGAGUUAUUCAUUUAACUUUCCCUCAGAGAGUCAUCAAGUCCGCAACACAGGACCGCCGGGUUCUACAGCCAGACACAUGGUUCUGCAGUGUGUGGCUCCCAAAGGGCCUCUAGCCUGCUCCCGGACCUAUUUCUUUGGGACCACCCACACUCCAUACCUUGGAAAUCAAAACACAAAGCAAAAGAAAACAGAAGUCUUACUUUUGUCACAGAUAUAUUCAGCUGCUGUUCAAGCAGUCCUGUCAGGAAUCAAAUGCUUCUCCUGUACCUCCAGCACUAGCAAGGCUAAGGAUGUUGCAGAGAACACUUUUCUUUUGACUUUGGACACCAUGAAUUUAAAUCAGUACCGCAGUUAUCUCAGAUCUAAAUGUGACUUCAGCAUUCAAGCAGUAAAUAACCAAGGAAGGAUUGUUCCUCUGACAGAUGAAAAAAGCCGUUAUUUAGUUAAAACAGCGUCCAUGACUGUCCAGGACAUCCCUGACCUGCAGUGGGGCGGGGGGGACCUGGGCUCGGUGGUUUUCUCUGAAUCCUUCUUGGAGUCCAGUAUCAACAUUCAGCAGAAAGAUGGCACUGUGUCCUCAGACAGCUGCUACACCGUCCUGACGACCACCGUGCCCCGCUAUGCCUGCUGGCUGAUGGAAUCUGACGUCAAGCAAUCGGAGGAAGCCCAACAUCUUGCUAAGAAGGAGGAAGCCACUUGUUUGGGAACAGCUCUGACUGUAGCAGACGCUGCGUACGUGUUCUCCAGCAGCCUGCUCUCCUCACCUGAAGAAGGAAAAAUCAUUUUCUUCUCUGAGGGACUCUUGUUCAUCCAUUCUCAAUAUGGAAGCAUUACCCUGUCCAAGGAUCACAUCAGCACCAUCAAGUUCUAUGAUCCGGACUCCAGUGCUGUGGCGUCUCUCCUGGUGGAGUAUAAGAGCAGCCUGCUCCCCCACCUCCCCUUCCCCCUCCACAGCGCUGACCGUUGUCUGGUGUUUGCUCUUCAGCCCAGGUCUAAGAGCCACAGGGCCUUCUAUUCCAAGGUUCUGUCGGUUUGGCAAAACUCUAAAUCUGAACUCCCUCUGCAAAUGGUGGACCAAAAGCAGCUGACCUGGAACCAGAAAAAUAUGCACAGCAGACUGCAGAAGCUGCACGACAGUCAGGAGCCUCCUGUGGCCAAACGCAGAGGCAGCCUGAAGACUUCCUACUCCCAGCUGCCAGAGCAGGACAUGUUUUUACAACACUUCGCCUUGAGUAGCAUCGGUCAGGAGCCCAUUCUGUACGACCACCUGGGGGUGCUGUUCCCCUCUGCAGAGCUGAGGAACCCAGUCAGCAGUCUGGGAAACAAGGUUGUGGUUACCAUCAUCACUGGAUUACCAGGAAGCCAUAAGGAGAGGCUCUGCAACUACUUGGUCCAGUUGAACAAGGAGCGUGGAAGGUGGGUAGUGUACAAGCCUGACCCUGACAGCUGUGACAGCUUCUCAGCCUCUCACCUGCAGCAGUAUCUGUCCGGCUUCCUGGAGAGUCAGAGAGGCCUGGGAGGCAAACCCCGUCUGCUGGUGCUCUCACCUGGAUACACAGACGUUCUGGAUGUGGUGCAGGCUGUUCUCUUCCAUCCUGACCCUGUGGUGCAGGCGUGUUUCACCAUCGGUGCUGUCACUGCUUGUGUGGACCCCCUCGCCUCCUGUGUGGAGCAUAGAUUUACAUUCCCUAAGCUGUUGGAGCAGUGCAGCCAAGGUAUUGCGAGUACAGUGGUGUUCACCGGGCUGACAGCAGAGCAGAAGCACCCUCUCAUGAAGCAUGUUCAGCAGCUGGUACGCUCUGCCAACCCCACCGCUGCCUUCAUACUGGCAGAGAGAGGAGCUGUCACCAGGAAUGAAGAUGUGAAUCUGAUACUUUCUGAGGGCAGCUUCAAUGAGCCUCAAAUGCUAAGGGCCCGUUACGUCCUCUACCCUGGAUGGUGCAAAGGGCGCUUCUUCUCCGGGUCUGGUUCUCUGGUUCUCACCCAGCAGCGCGUGGCUUUCAACAGGCCCCUCGAGAGGCCUCUAUUUGUCACCCGCUGUAAAGGACUCAAGUCAUCACUGAGGCUGACCCCCUUCCGAGGAAAUGUGUACAAUGUUUGGGGAAAAGUCCGAUUUUCUGACUCAGAGCAGCUGAUGGAGGUGAGCUACAACACAGUGAGCGGGAGCCUGAGCAUUGUCCCUCUGACCCCGGGCCCCAAAGACACCGGCACCCCCUGCUUCCUGGUCUUUGAUGGUGUGGGCCUCACUGCGGAUGGACUGAAGGACUGGCUCAGACUGUGCGCCAAACAGAGGCAGACAAAUAAACCUAAGAAGACAAAAAGUACUCUCUCACCACAAGAAAUCAAGAGCAUACAUAUGACCAGGCACCUGGACCCCCUGCCACCAGGCUUCUUCUACAACGGUUAUCAAUAUGUCGACAUCUUUGGAGAAAAAAUGAACUUCCAUCCCUACAUGGGAGAGUUUAUCCAGGAGUACAUCACCGAGGCCAACAAAGAGGUGGAGCAAUUCAACCGUGAGCUGGAGCUGCAGGGUCAGCCUGACCUGUUUGAUCCCUGAUAGAAUCUGUCUGUAUGUCCAUUGCCUCCAUCUGUGUCAUUUAACUCUGAGGGAAACACUGUGGGGGGGGGGGCAG